CCACUCUAAGGAAACCCUAGUAUUUUCUAACCGAUUUGCGCGAGAGUUAAAGUGUAAAACGGCGAGAGCUUCGCAUCUUCUCUCUCAGGCAGCUCUCUCUACUCUACCGAUCGAACAAUGUCGCUGGUAGCAAACGAGGAGUUCCAGCACAUUCUGCGUGUGCUUAACACUAACGUUGAUGGCAAACAAAAGAUUAUGUUUGCUCUUACCUCCAUCAAGGGUAUUGGAAGAAGAUUGGCCAACAUUGUCUGCAAGAAAGCCGAUGUCGACAUGAACAAGAGGGCCGGUGAGCUGUCUGCAGCUGAGAUCGAUAACCUCAUGACCAUCGUUGCAAACCCAAAGCAGUACAAGAUUCCAGAUUGGUUCUUGAACAGACAGAAAGACUACAAGGAUGGAAAGUACUCCCAGGUUGUUUCCAAUGCACUCGACAUGAAGCUGAGGGAUGAUCUUGAACGUCUCAAGAAGAUCAGGAACCACCGUGGUCUGAGACACUACUGGGGUCUCCGUGUCCGUGGACAACACACGAAGACCACUGGUCGCAGAGGAAAGACUGUUGGUGUCUCUAAGAAGCGUUAAGACAAUGAUGCUAGCUGCAGCUGGAUUGGAUCUUUGACAGUCCCGUUUUUAUGUUUUUGUUAUUUCGUACAAUUUUGCAAGUCUCAAAGACUCGAUUUUAGGUGUUUUGUAAGACAUUCUUCACUUGUUUUGUUAUAUUUCGAGAUAAUAUUGUUGUCA